AUGUGUGAUUUUCGAACUUAUUCGCAUGAACUGCUAACCGAAUUUAUAGAAGCUUUCCGAAAUAACCCUUGUCUUUGGAAAAUUAGAAGCAACGACUACAAAGACAAAAAUUUGAAGCUUCAAGCAUACAAUAAUUUAUUAGAAAUUAUCCGGAAGGUAGAAAGAGAUGCUACGAUUGAGAACGUCAAGAAAAAAAUUAAUUCAUUAAGGGCUGGGUUCCGAAAAGAACAUAAAAAAGUGCAAGAUAGCAAGAAGACAGGUUCAGGAACUGACCAGGUAUACGUGCCAAAGUUAUGGUAUUACAGUCAGCUUGAAUUUCUCAAAGAUCAGGGCCAAGGUGAACAAUCAACUGACAAUAUAGACAGCAGCGAACAGGAGACAGCUAAUGAUAAUGAAAAUACAUUUGAUGCUGAACAUAGUGAAAAUGAUACCCAGAGUACCAUUUGCGACGUGUCAUCACCUGUGACACCUGCAACAUCUGUUGCUUCAUCUGCACGUCGUAAGCGACACGGCAAUGCCGCCAUUGAAGACACAAUAUCGUUAAUAGGUAAAAGAUUACAAAACCCAGAUGAUGAAUAUGAUGCUAUAGGAAAAAAUGUCGCAAUUAAACUCCGCAACAUGACUGCUAUUCAACAAGGCAUAGCUGAAAAGCUCAUCAAUGAAGUACCCCAAAGACCAUUGAUACACAUGCCAGCUGUUCCAGUCCAGCUGCAAGAAACACAAGCAUUUAACUUGACACAAGACUCGCAAACUAUUAGUAUCCCGGACACCCUGGUUGAAUAUUUAAACUUUAAUAAUAAUAACUAA